AAACGAUUUCUUCCUUUCUUCAUUCUGUAAACACUAAUAUGGUAUCAGAGCUUAUCUUCCGCUUCAUCUUCUAACAACCAAAACACCGCGAUUCAUCUCAGCUUUUCGAUCAGAACCAUGCCGAAUUCUGAUCAAUCAAACCUUCCAGAUCAUCUCAUCAAUCCAUCAAAUCCUUUAUUUCUUCAUCCUGUUGAAAAUCCAGCUUUAAUCCUCGUUACACCACUUCUAUCAGAAAACGAUUUCCAACAAUGGAAAUAUGACAUACUUGUAGCCCUAGAAACGAAGAACAAGGAUAAAUUUGUCCUUGGAACUAUUCCUUGUCCAAGUAUCACUGAUUCAACAUACGAAGCAUGGAGAAGAUGCAACAAAAUGGUAAUGUCAUGGCUUACUCCCUCUAUGACUUCUUCAAUACGACAAUCUGUGAUGUGGAUUGACUUUGCUUCGGAAGUUUGGAAAGACCUUUGUAGUCGCUUUUCACAUGGAAACAAAUUCAGAAUUGCUGAUUUACAGGAGUAUUUGCAGAACUGUAAGCAAGGUAAUCUGACUGUAUCUGAAUAUUACACACAAUUGCAGAUUAUAUGGAAGGAAUUGACUGUGUACAAAGUUGUGUUGAAAUGCUCUUGUUCUGAAACAUGCUCAUGUGGUAUUCUUGCUAAAAUACAAAAAGAGCGCGAUGAUGAUUGUAUUAUCAAAUUUCUGAGAGGUUUAAAUGAUGAGUUUGCUCAAGUAAGAUCUCAGAUAAUGCUUAAUGAUCCUUUGCCUAAGUUGACCAAGACUUUCUCACUUGUUCUUCAACAAGAACGUGAGUUUGGAAAUCAAAAUAUGGCUAAUCCUCAAGAAACUGCAGCCCUUGCUACCUUUACCAAUGACUCCAAUCAUAACCAAACUGGUAGAUGAUGAUUUUCCAAUUCGCGUGGUGGUGGACGCUCAGGACGAGGAAAUAAUGGUGGAAGAAACAACAAAUAUUGAACCAAAUGCAAGAAAACUAAUCACACUGUUGAUGCUUGCUUCCAUAUCUAUGGAUUCCCACCUGGAUAUACGACCAAUGGAAAAACAUCAUCUGCAUCUUCUGUCAACACAACUGAUUCUAUGAAUGAUCUGCAACUUAACAAUUCUGGACAGGAGGAAUUGAAACCUGAGACAAAUUAUAGUUUCUCUAAGCACCAAUAUCAGGCAUUACUGGCUUUAAUCCAACAACCUCAGAACCAUUCUUCGUCUAUCAACUCUGCACAUACCAAUCUGAAAGAAUCACGUACCAACUCAUAUCAAAAUUCUUGGAUUCUUGACAGUGGUUCCACUGAUCAUAUUUGUCCUUCAAAAGAAAACUACCUUGAAGAUGAUUGGAGCAGCUAAAUAGAUUGGUGGCUUGUUUCAGCUUUUUCUACAUGAUGAUUUCUUUGUUAAUUCUGUUACAAAUGACUCUUGUAAUUCUGUCUUAGUUGAGAACAGUAGAAUUUCAGAUUAUGGUAGUGUUUGGCAUGCCAAAUUAGGGCAUCCUUCAAAUAAAGUUCUUGAAACCUUGUCUUCCCAAUAUAUUUCAAUAAAGUUUCAUAAAAUCCAUGCUUGUGAUGUAUG